AGGGACAGAGACAGGAUUUAAAGGGGCCUCUCUCCUCUCGUCUCUCGUCGUUCCGGUCUCUGAAAUCUCGGCCCCAACUAACAGAAUUUCGCUUUCGUUUCUCCGACAGAUCGGGCCGUAACGCCCCCGGUCUCUCCGUCGUAUGUUUGUACGUUGACAUAUAUCCGAUCUCGGAGCUCUGAGAUUUCUCUGGUCUCCGAAGGUCUCUGCCGCAUUUCAGAAUCCUAUGAGUCCUCCUCAGCACUGUGCCCAGGGUUGAUCUUGGAAACAAGGCAUUUGGGAGGGUCUCAACAUGAGCACUUGGUUAGAGCCGCUCACUGGUGAAAAUAGGGGAUUCUAUUCAAAUGGGGCUCAUAGUGAAGAUGUUGAACAGCUAGAGAGUUUUGGGGGUAUGGCUGAAGGUGACCGGCAGUCUUCUCUGGUGGAGUGGUUAAAUGGUAUGCUUCCUCAUUUAAGUUUGCCAUUGGAAGCUUCAGAGGAGGAACUGAGAGCAUGCUUGAGUGAUGGCACUGUUUUAUGCAGUGUCUUGAACAAGCUCAGUCCUGGUUUGGUAGAAAUGGGAGGAGGUGGUUCUGAGACCGGACCAAAUGCCAGAACGUUUUUGGAAGCUAUCAAUGAAAUAGGAUUCCCUGGCUUUGAACUAUCUGAUCUAGAGCAGGGAUCUAUGGUGCCAGUUUUGCAGUGCCUUAAUACCCUUAGGGUUCAAUUUAACUCUAAUGUUGGCGGAGAUAACUUCCAAAAUCAUUUGAGAAAAAGGUGGGAUAUGUCAGAGGUAGGCUCUUUAAAGGGAAUCGAUCACUCUGAAAGGUAUGUGCUUUCAUGUGGACAACAUUCAGCUGAAAAUGGAGGAGAAUGGCAAAGAGACUCUGUUGAUGCCAGAUUUCAACAUUCUUUGCAUGGUCCUUCAGAGUCAUCAGAUGCUUUAAUACGUCAUCUUGGAUAUAAAUUGCAUGACAUGUUGCAAUUGAAGCAAGGAUGUUUUCCUGAUUCUUCUGAUGCCAAAAUUGUUGAGAUGAUCAAGUCAAACAAUUUGGAUAAGGUAUCAACUCGAUCACUUUUCAACAUAGUGAAUAAGAUUUUGGAUGAUAACUUGCAAAGAAACAACGGGGAUGUAGUUGAGUUUGUGGCAUGGUUGUUGAGAAAAGUCAUGGAAGUGAUUGAAGAGCGAAGUUCAACUCUAGCAGAAAACUUAAGAACUCAAAAUAAUCUUUAUAAAGUUCGUGAGGAAAAGUAUCAAUCAAGAAUAAGAGUACUUGAGGCCCUUGCAACAGGGACUAGCGAAGAAAUUGAGGUUGUCAUGAAACAACUUCAACAGAUAAAGAUUGAGAAAAACCAAAUAGAAGAUAAAAAGAAGCUUGAAGAGCAGGAAGUGCAGAAGUUAAAGGAGGAGAAGGCUCGUAGUAACAUGGAGAUUUUGACACUAAAAGAAGAACUAGAAAUGGCCAAAAGGACACAUGAAGCUUAUUGUUUGCAAUUAGAAUCAAAUGCUAAGGAAGUUAAAGUUGAGUCGCAGAAAAAGUUAACAGAACUUGAGUGCCUUUUAACUGAUUCGAGGAAGAAAGUAGAAGAACUUGAGGGAUUUUCUGAAUCUAAAUUGCAGAGAUGGAAAAAGAAAGAACAAAUCUAUCAGAGCUCUAUAGAUUAUCAAUUUGGAGCUUUGCAGGAAUUAAGGGCAGCUUUAGAGUCCAUAAAACAUGAAGUGUUGAAGACAAAAAGAAGUUACCCAGAGGAAUUCAAUUACCUGGGAUUUAAGCUUAAAGGACUAGCAGAUGCUGCUGAAAAUUACCACAUGGUUUUAACUGAAAAUCGUAGGUUGUACAAUGAGGUUCAGGACUUGAAAGGAAAUAUUAGAGUUUAUUGUCGCAUAAGACCAUUCCUUCCAGGACAAAGUAAGAAGCAAACCAUUAUUGAAUAUAUUGGUGAAAAUGGUGAACUAGUUAUUGUGAAUCCCUCUAAACAAGGAAAAGACAGCCGUAGAUUGUUUAAGUUUAACAAGGUUUUUGGUCCAACAUCUACUCAAGAGGAGGUAUUUAUGGACACCCAACCGUUAAUCCGGUCUGUCCUUGACGGAUACAAUGUCUGCAUAUUUGCUUAUGGCCAAACAGGCUCGGGAAAGACAUAUACGAUGAGUGGGCCUAGUGUAUCUUCAGAAGAGGACUGGGGGGUCAACUAUCGGGCAUUAAAUGAUCUUUUCCAAAUUUCUAAAAGCAGGAAAAGCUCCAUUGCAUAUGAAGUUGCUGUUCAGAUGGUUGAGAUAUAUAAUGAACAAGUUCGUGAUCUUCUAUCAACCGAUGGCCCUCAAAAAAGACUUGGGAUUUGGAACACCACGCAACCGAAUGGGUUAGCUGUCCCUGAGGCAGGCAUGCACCCUGUUCAGUCAACUGCAGAUGUCUUGGAGUUAAUGAACAUUGGUUUAAUGAAUAGGGCAGUUGGUGCCACAGCCCUGAAUGAAAGGAGUAGCAGAUCCCAUAGCGUUCUCACUGUUCAUGUUCGAGGCAUAGACUUGGAGACUGAUGCUGUUUUGCGUGGCAGUCUACAUUUGGUAGAUCUUGCCGGUAGUGAAAGAGUGGGUCGGUCUGCAGCAACUGGGGAUAGGCUUAGGGAGGCACAACAUAUUAACAAAUCACUAUCAGCUCUUGGAGAUGUAAUUUUUGCUCUAGCACAAAAGAAUCUACAUGUACCUUACAGAAAUAGCAAAUUAACUCAAGUACUUCAGGCUUCUUUAGGCGGUCAAGCAAAAACCCUCAUGUUUGUACAGCUUAAUCCAGAUAUAGAUUCCUACUUUGAAACUAUAAGUACCUUGAAGUUUGCAGAGAGGGUUUCUGGUGUAGAAUUAGGUGCUGCUCAGAGCAACAAAGAGGGAAGAGAUGUCAGAGAACUUAUGGAACAGGUGGCAUCCCUCAAGGACAUAGUUGCAAAGAAAGAUGCUGAGAUUGAGCACUUGCAGCGUCUCAAGGCUAGUGCCAAUGGUACAAAGCGUGGCAUGACCUCAUUUAGGCAUGGGUCUUCUUCUCCAAGAAGACAUUCCGUGGCUAGUGCCAAUGGUACAAAGCGUGGCAUGACCUCAUUUAGGCAUGGGUCUUCUUCUCCAAGAAGACAUUCCGUAGGGACUUCUCGACAAAGGCAAAAUCUGAUAGGAAAAGGUUCGGGGCUUAUGGAGAAAGCAGCUUCAGACUUGGAUAACUGUUCAGAGUACAGCGAUAAGCACUCUGAUGCUGGUUCUCAGCACUCAAUGGAAGGAUUUAGUAGACAUCAGAAGGAAUUGUCUCCUCACUUGAAGCUAUCUGGAGGGGAUGUAGGCCAGUAUUCUAAUGAAGACAUUGAGCUCUUGGGCUUUGGGGAUGCAGAUUCUGAGGAAAGAUUAAGUGAUAUAUCUGAUGGCGGUCUUUCAAUGGGAACAGAAACUGAAGGCUCAAUAUGCAGCGUUGUGGAGUACACUCUUUUCCCUGAAGUUGCAAAACCACCUGAAAACACAUCUCCUGAGUGCAUACCAGCUGAGAACACGCCUGUUCAGAACAAAGGGAAGCCACUGAUGCUUGAACGCAGGCCAAGUUUACCAUCUAAACUUCCAAAGCCUACUCCAAAGCCGGUGCAGGCCAAAUGUUCUUGGCAAUCAUUGACCAGUAGCUCCUCAAAGAUUUCAUCAUCAAGUGCUAGGAAAACUUAUGCUGGCAGCUCCUCUGCUCCAAAGCCCCUCAAACGGUGGCAAUGAGUUUGGUUGGCUGGGGAAGUUGAGAAUUCUUAUGACCUAACUAGCUUGUAUCUAUGAUAUAGGAACCCACUGUAGUUCUGUACUCUUAACUUUACUGUGCUCCUUAGUUUAGAUUAUGCCCUGCUUCCAUUUAUGUCUCGUAUUGGAGAGGCGAUUGAAACCUUCCCACUUUGUAAAAUGUGUAGGUUUAGGAUCAUAGUACAACUUCCUUGCUUUGGAUUUCUCUAUUUUGGCCCUUACUGUUUCA